UGCUACAUGCAUAAUGUUGAAGGCAAUCAUUCUCGCAUGUGUUGUUUACCGAAUUUUAGCAGACAAGGAAGGGGCGAGGCGUAUGCUAGCAUGCGAGGGAACCUCCGGCACCUUGACGUGUCGAGCUGACAGACCCAUCAACAUAAACUACGCUAACUACGGGCGAACUAAUUCCACGAUAUGCUCCAGAGGAAGACCUUUCGAACGGAUAAGCAAUACAAACUGCUCUUCCGAGGCGAUCAGCCUGACUAUUGUGAAGAAGAAGUGUCAUGGGAAGCCUGAGUGCAGCAUUUCUGCAUCGAAUUCGAUAUUUGGAGAGCCUUGCUUCAGCACCUACAAGUACUUGUAUGUGAAUUACACCUGCGAGAUACCAGAAAAAUGUCCCGAGACAUUUAUGAGUACUCUGAAGGGAAACUUCACUUGGCCCGAGAGGCAUUUGUGGCAAACCGCAAAUGUGGCGUGCAAACCGAUGACCCCCUUCGUCGGGGUGGGGUCAAGAGAAUGUUUAAUCGAUCCGGUCACUUCGCGUGUAGUCUGGGGAACGCCGAAUCUUGAUGCAUGUCAAUCCACGGGCACACCACUUAAAUUAGAAGAUUUGGCCAACGUGACAAUGAUAAGCCAAGAUAACGUCAUCACAGUGACAGAAAGGUUAGCCGAGAAUUCAAACAAAACAUCAUCGUUUGAGGACGUUUCAUUGAACGCUGACAUCAUAGACAACGUACUUUCCUCCAAAAUGGCAUUCGGGAGCGACAUCACCCAGAACAAAACAGUCGUUAACCUUGCAGAAACAAUCGGCAACAUAAUGAAUACCAGUGCUGCCACCUUGGCAAAAUCUGAAGAAGUUGGAAGCGCAGUUACAAGAUUGGUUAGGCAAGUUGAAACCAUAUCGAAAUCGCUGGAGUUAUUCGGGUCCGGGAUAAAGACAUUCGUCAACCCCAAGCUUGCCUUUGCAGUGGUUAAUUCCAGCCAAGCGACCCGUGGAGAUAUCUCCAUGGUUCUUCACCAAUCGGAAAUGGAUGACCACCUCACAACCGACAAAGUGUCCAUUCAGGUUGGAGGUGUCAUCAACAGAACGGAGGUGAACACCUUUCUGACCAUUCCGCAGGAGCUAGCCCUGCAGUUCCAAAACGAAAAGAUGACUUUCGCUCUUUACCAAGGGGCCACUCUUUUCCGGAUCAUAGAUCGCGCUGCACAACAGGAGACCUCAACAAACAGCCGUGUUAUCGUUGCAAAUAUCGGGGAUCGGGUGAUUAAGAAUCUCACCUCGCCGAUCGUUUUUAACCUCGAUUACAUCAGUGGAAAGGAUCAUUCGAAUCCCCAGUGCGUGUUUUGGGACUUCGCCAGUGCGGAAUGGUCUGGUGCAGGCUGCCGUGUAGUCACAGUCCGCAGUAAGGGAGUCUCGUGCAAAUGUGAUCACCUGACGAGUUUCGCCUUGCUCGUGGAUCUUACUGGCAAUGUGGGUAGGCUUGACCCAACACACAAGUUGAUACAGAGUAUACUGACAUACGUAGGAUGUGCAUUGUCUUUGUUGGCCCUUCUGUUCACAGUAUUGACUCACUUCCUUUUCAAAAAAGAGCUGCUUCAAAAAUACCCACCCAAGAUUCUGAUGAAUCUAUGUUUUUCAAUGAUUGCCGUGAAUCUAUUGUUCAUCUGUAGUUCACACUAUGCGAGUGAUGGCGUCCUCUGUAAGGUUUUUGCCAUGUUCCUACAUUAUUUCAUACUGGCGAGCUUUUGUUGGAUGACCGUGGAGGCGUUCUUCAUGUGCAUGGUGGUUACCGUGGAUUACAGGCGACAUUGGACAAAACUGAUCCAAAAGUUUGCCGUUUUUGGAUGGGGUUUUCCAGUCAUUCCAGUUGUCAUUACUCUUGGGAUCAGUCUAGACAAUUAUGGUAUCCAAGGACAUGAAGGAAUGUGUUGGUUACGGCAUAUACCUCUAUUUGCGGCUUUCGUUGCACCGAUCUGUCUCAUGCUUGUAUUUAAUUUCAUUGUUUUCGGGAUAGUCAUUUAUAAAGCAUAUAGACAGAGAGAAUUCAUCAUUCGAUCCAACAAGGCCAAGGAAAACAAGUCAAUACGCACACAGUUGUGUGGUGCAGCCAGCUUGGUCAGUCUGUUGGGUCUAACAUGGACAUUUGGUUUGUUAAAUGUAAAUGAGGUGGCCAUUGUGUUCAGCUAUCUGUUCAUUGUGUUCAACACACUGCAAGGGGUGUUCGUAUUCGUGUUCUUUUGCCUGCUGAAGAAGAAGGCGACGGCCGCAUGGGCGAAGAAAUGUGGACGCAAAUCCUCAGAUCGGAGCACGCGCACCUCAAGCAAUAGCGAAGAGAAGUAUUCAAAAUUCCAAACAACGAGUUUGAGUGAUGCUAAAUGUUAAACAGGACUGUAGGGCCAGAGAUGAGUAACAUGGGCGCCUUUUGGACAUUAUGUUUGGUGGCGAGUAGUGUAAUUCAACAGUUGCAGCUUCCUAUACUAAGGCAAUCAACGAUUACGACGAAAAGGGGCGCAUGUACAUGCACUGCAAACCUAUAUUGACCCUCAAUGUAUUAACACUGCUAAGCUUUACAGACGGAGGCAAUACCACUGGAAGUUCAGUAUGCUGAAAACCAGAAAACCAGGAUUAGCUUGCGUCUGUCCCGACAAAAGAAAAUAUUGUCCCUGAACAUUCUUCACACUAAGACGCAUUAUAUUGUGAUAAGCUUAUCAAGCUGAAUGUCGCCAAGGAUCGUUGACUACACCUCAACAUUAUUCUAAUACUCAAAGCUUCAACAGCGCCUAGUUGAUCAUGAUGACAAUUCAGAAACUUGCGCAUGACUUGAUGAUUCAGCAAAUACUUUGAUCUCGACUUUUCAAAGGUAAUCUGCCCUGCUGUGGUACGAUUGAUGUCUGAAAUUGUCAUCCACAACCGGGUCAGUUCUACGCUAUAAGCAACUGAAUCCUGAGAUUGAAUUCAGAUCAGUUUCUGACGAACCCACGAUAGAGUCAUGACCUGCAAAUAUAUAUCCAUUUCAGUCGCAUCUAUUGUAUUUAGAUUUUAUCUUUUCACCAUUGCACGAUUUAGCGGUAAAGUGCUGUUAUUGAAUCCAA